AGAACGUUAGCCUUGAAGAACAUGAACAGUGAUCUAUAAAUACAGAUUUAAUUUGAAGAAAUAUUUGUGCAUAUUGCUAGAAAAAUGUUCACUUAUAUAUUUAAAAGUUUCUGAAAAAAACUAGAGCACGCACAUUCAUGCGGUUUGUAGCGAUAGACGCCACUUUUCAGAAGCUACAAAUGAGCCAUGAAAACGGAAAAGCCGAAAUUUUCAAUUUUUGACCGAAACGUCAAAAAUUCAAUUUUGACCGAAACGUCAAAAAAAGACCCUUAACUCCAACUCUGCACAAAGCAGCAUAGCGAUCAUGAGCGAGGCCUGAAGCAACACAUGAUGCUAAUCUCCACGGAUACUAUCAUUACAUGCGUAAUCGGCAGUCAUGGUUCAGUGUGGACCGAGAACCGGCGGUUCAUGUUGCGCCACUUGCGUGAUCUCGGUAUGGGCAAAACAGCGCUCGAGGACUCCAUUCAACAAGAGGCCGAGAUGCUGGUGGAUCACUUGGAUAAAACCUGCGUCGGCAAGCCUGCCGUCAUGGAUGUCUUCUUCAACUGCGCUGUGGUCAACAUCAUCUGGCAAAUGCUCGCAAGCAAGCGUUACGGGUUGAAUGAUGAGGUGAUGGUGCGGUAUUGUACCAGGAUUGAAGAAGAGAUGGCCAUCUUCCAGGGUCCAAUGUUCCUUGUCGACGUGUUCCCUUGGCUGGUAAAAGUACUGCCCUCAAUCAUAUUGAAUAAAGUUUUGCAAGCUGAGAUCCUCUACAGGAAUCGAGAUGAAAUCCACUUGAUGUUCAAACAAGUAAUUGACGAUCAUAUGGCGACCCUUGACCCCAACAACCCUCGUGACGUCAUCGAUCAGCUGCUGCUGGAGCGUGCCCACAGAGACGCCCCGGACUACCUCACUGCCGAAGACGGUAGCGAAUUGGAUUUCAAAAGCAUUAUGGGGAACAUGUUUUCUGCCGGUUCGGAGACUAUCACAACAACUCUUCGAUGGAUGAUACUCUACAUGGCCAUCAACCCUGAGAUUCAAGCUAAAGUUCACAAAUGUCUGGACGAAGUUGUACCUAAAGAUCGUCUGCCAUCACUCAACGACAGAAAUCAACUGCAGUACGUUGACGCCGUGUUAUUGGAGGUCCUGAGAGUGAGUUCACUUACACCCAUCAGUUUACUACACGCAACUACCGCUGACGUCACUUUCGAGGGUUAUGACAUACCCAAGGGCACGGUGGUUCUCGCUUGUGCCGAGAUGUGUCAUCGCGAUCCCGCUCAUUGGAAGCAUCCUGACAAGUUCUAUCCGGAACACUUCCUCGACAACGAAGGGAAACUCGACGGGAAAAAAGAAGGAUUUCUGCCUUUCUCAAUCGGGCGUCGCCAGUGUCUCGGGGAGUCUCUGGCUCGCAUGGAGCUCUACCUCUUCUCGACGGCCAUCUUGCAGCGCUUCACCAUAGAGCCACCGGAGGGCGUCGUGCUCUCUACUGAAACUGAUCCGUCGCAGAUGCAGCAUCGCGCACCCAAGCCUUAUGAAGUGGUUCUGAAAAGGAGAAUGUAGUCCAGACAUUGCGUCUAAAGGGCUUUGGAAGAAUUCUUGGCUGACUUGGGAAUUGUAGGUUUUACUGAAGCCCAGUUAAGUAUGAUAAUGAAGGUUUUAAAGAACAAUAAGGAAUGAAGGAAUAUUUAAUGUAAUUUAUUUCAGUAAAAGGGGUCAGAGUUUGCCUCAGUUAGAAGGCGGGGAAAUGAUGACCAGAAUCAAUCAGGCAAAUCAGUACCAGAAUGAGGUGGUUAUGAGACACUAUAGGUGCAGAGAAGAUGGCCAAAAAUCGAUCAGUUACUAUCAGCGCAUGUAUAAGGGGAUUAUGAGAUACAAGAGGUUCAGCGGAAACUGCAAAAUGUAGGGCAACAUGGGGCAGCGCGCCCCCCUUUU